UAAGAUCUGUUAAAAUAUCUUUCUUUAAUAAAAUAUGUGUUAAUUUCUCUCAGUUUAUGUUUUUUAACGUCCAUUCUUAUAACGUUAAUUCGAGCCGUUGUAAAAUAAUAAACAGCAGACUUCAAAAGGUGAAGAAUGAGCAGUCAGGGUUCUGCCCGAGGGUCAUGGAGGGGUGGAAACAACUCUGCUGGUGGAGGAGGAGGAGGGUGGAGAGGAGGAAGAGGAUGGAGUAAUGGUCAGUACAGAGGGUGGAGAGGCCGCCAGUGGAGCAGAGGAGGAGGAAACUGUUCCACCAACAAUACACAACAUGGGUUUACUCCACAAGUUAGUCAAGUGCGUGGAAGUCAAGCAACCCUUGACAUCAUGUGUCCAUACAAAGGAUGGCGACUCUAUUUUUCUGAAGGUUUUGUCGAGAGUACACCAUAUGUUGAGAAGAUUAAAGUGUUUGAGCGGUACUUCACAUCGCAGAUUGAGCUUUAUGAUAAGGAUGAGAUUGAAAGGAAAGGCAGCAUUUUGGUGGACUACAAAGACCUUCUGUCUAACAAACUGAUUUCACACACUCUUCCUGAUCUUGCUAAAGAUCUUAAAGAAAUGCCUGAGAAGAUACUGGACUGCUUGGGUGUGGCAAUUCACCAGGUAUUGACUGUGGAUCUAGAGAGACGUGCAGCAGAACUGCAGGGACAGGAAGAGCUUCCUGCUGGUCUACGGCCCAUAAUCAACAUCCCUCAUAUCAGCGCCAGGGUGUAUAACUACGAGCCACUGACUCCUUUGAAAAGUCUGAGAGCAAAUUUAUACGGCAAGUUUGUUGCGGUCAGAGGCACCGUGGUGAGAGUGAGUAACAUUAAACCGCUCUGCAGAAAGCUUGCGUUCGUCUGUAACAGCUGUGGAGACACACAGAGCGUCACGCUGCCUGAUGGGAAAUACGCCAUGCCCACUAAGUGUUUACAGACUGAAUGUCGUGGUCGGUCGUUCACUCCAAACAGAAGUUCACCUUUCACACUCACUGUCGACUGGCAGACAGUAAAGGUUCAGGAGCUGAUGUCAGGUGACCAGCGUGAGUCCGGCCGGAUCCCACGCACUAUUGAAUGUGAGCUCACGCAGGACCUCGUGGACAGCUGUGUGCCUGGAGACAUGGUCACCAUCACAGGGGUCAUUAAAGUGUCCAAUGAAGAGGGAAAUGGCAGAAACAAGAAGGACAAGUGCAUGUUCCUGUUGUACAUCCAGGCGAAUUCAGUCAGCAACUCAAAGGGUCAGAAAAGCAAAGCGGCGUCUGACUCUGAGGGCCAGGGACCUUCAGUUGAGUUCUCCAUCAAAGAUCUCUACGCCAUCCAAGAGAUUCAAGCUCAAGAGGACUUAUUCAAACUCAUAGUGAACUCUCUUUGUCCUGCCAUUUAUGGCCAUUUGCUUGUCAAAGCAGGGCUGGCUCUGACUCUGUUUGGUGGAUGUCAAAAGUAUGUUGAUGAUAAAAAUCGCAUCCCAAUAAGAGGAGACCCGCAUAUUCUCAUCGUUGGAGACCCUGGACUUGGUAAAAGUCAGAUGUUACAGGCCGUGUGUAACGUGGCUCCUCGGGGCGUAUAUGUUUGUGGAAACACGACCACCACCUCAGGACUGACUGUAUCUCUGUCCCGGGACAGUGGAUCGGGAGAUUACGCUCUUGAGGCAGGAGCGCUGGUGCUGGGAGAUCAAGGUAUCUGUUGUAUUGAUGAGUUUGAUAAGAUGGGCAGCCAGCAUCAGGCUCUUCUGGAGGCCAUGGAGCAGCAGAGCAUCAGUCUGGCUAAAGCUGGGAUUGUGUGCACACUUCCUGCUCGAACCUCCAUCAUUGCAGCGGCCAAUCCAGUCGGAGGGCAUUACAAUAAAGCCAAGACUGUCUCUGAGAACCUGAAAAUGGGAAGCGCGCUGCUGUCCAGGUUUGAUCUGGUCUUCAUCUUGUUGGACACCCCUAACGAGGACCACGACCACCUGCUGUCCGAACACGUGAUGGCCUUGCGUGCAGGAAAGAACGGUGCGAUCAGCAGUGCUGCGGUCACACGCUACAGCACGCAGGAGUCCAGCAUCUCCAUUCUGGAGGUGUCCUCGGAGAAACCCCUCGCUGACACACUCAAACUGGUUCCAGGAGAGGCAUUUGACCCCAUCCCUCACCAGCUUUUGCGGAAGUACGUGGGCUACGCCCGCCACUACGUUCACCCCACUCUCUCUGCAGAGGCUGCACAGGUGCUGCAGGACUUUUAUUUGGAGCUGCGCAAACAGAACCAGACGGCCGACAGCACACCCAUCACCACCCGCCAGCUGGAGUCCCUCAUCCGACUCACAGAGGCCAGAGCUCGUGUUGAGCUCAGAGAAAAAGCUACGCAAAGUGAUGCAGAGGAUGUCGUGGAGAUCAUGAAACACAGCUUGGCCGACACUUACUCUGAUGAGUUUGGCCGUCUGGAUUUCGACCGCUCUCAGCUGGGCUCUGGGAUGAGUAACCGCUCCAAAGUCAAGAAAUUUGUCACGGCGUUAAACAAACUCUCUGAACGCACCAGCAAAAGCAUGUUUGAGUUCCAGGAGCUACGACAGCUCGCCAAAGAUCUGCAAAUACAGGUUGUGGAUUUCGAGGGCUUCAUCGGUGCGCUCAAUGAGCAGGGUUACCUUCUGAAGAAAGGCCACAGGACCUAUCAGCUUCAAACCAUAUAAAUCAGCCACCUUUAUGAUGUUUUACACACUUCCUGUCUCGCACUGUUGUGUUUGUUUUUUAACGCAACACAUAUUGUAUUUAUAACACACAGUUUAAUGUAUGUUUACAUGGUGCUUCAGUAUUUCCAUGUUAUGAAAUGUACAUUGUUGUCAUGUACACAAAUACACACAAAUUUGUCUUAUAAAUAGUAUUUUCCUAUACAUACUAUGUACAAAAUCAAACAGUAACCACAUUUAUGAACAAUGUUGAAAUAGUUUUGUAUUGUAGGCUGUGUCCUUUCAGCAGAUGCUCCUGUGUUCAAUGCUGAAGUCUGUUUAGUAACUUUAUACCAUUAUCGGUAACAGUAAAAAUGUCCAGCCAAUAAAUGUAAAUACAACAGAUUAAAAACAAAAGAACAUGCUAAUGCAUAUCAAUGCUGUAUUCAUUAUAAAAAGCCAUCUAAAUAAAGAAAACAAAAAUAA